AUGAUAUCUUCAAACCACACCAUGCAAGAGCCCCUUGUUUUCUUUCUCUUGGGCAUUCCAGGCUUAGAGUCAAUCCAUCGAUGGCUUUCAAUCCCUGUGUGCUGCCUAGGUGUGGCCACUGUUGUGGGUAAUGUGACCAUCUUGGUUGUGGUGGCCACAGAGCCUGCCCUACACAAACCUGUGUACUUCUUCCUCUGUAUGCUCUCCACCAUCGACCUGGCUGCGUCCAUCACCACAUUGCCUAAACUUCUGGCCAUCCUGUGGUUUGGAGCUGGCCACAUUUCUGCUGCUGCCUGCCUGGCCCAGAUGUUCUUCAUUCAUGCCUUCUGUAUGAUGGAAUCCACAGUGCUGCUAGCCAUGGCCUUUGAUCGUUAUGUUGCCAUCUGUGAUCCAUUGCGCUAUGCCACCAUUCUCACUGACACUGUCAUUGCUCGGAUCGCCUUGGCUGCUGUGCUACGUGGUUCACUGCUAAUGUUUCCUUGUCCAUUCCUUAUUGGGCGCUUAGCCUUCUGCCAUAGUCAUGUAAUCCCACACACAUACUGUGAACAUAUGGCUGUGGUGAAGUUGGCUUGUGGGAACACCAUACCCAAUCGAGUAUAUGGUUUAACAGCAGCGUUGCUUGUCAUUGGAGUUGACUUGCUCUGUAUUGGCCUCUCUUAUUCACUUAUUGCACGAGCUGUCCUCCGUCUCUCAUCCCGUGAGGCCAGAUCCAAGGCCCUGGGAACCUGUGGCUCCCACAUCUGUGUCAUCCUCAUUUCUUACACACCUGCCCUCUUUUCCUUCUUUACCCAUCGCUUUGGCCGCCAUGUCCCACUUCACAUCCACAUCCUCCUGGCAAAUGUUUACCUGCUCUUCCCACCAGCACUCAAUCCCAUUGUUUAUGGUGUUAAGACCAAGGAGAUCCGAGAGCGAGUAGUUAGGGUGUUCUUGAGGGGCCAGAGUUCUGGGGACAAAGGUCUAGGAUGA